AUGCCUACACAAGAAAACAAUGUCCCAGGAGGUCCGAUUGGGUCCGAUCUUAAUUCUCAACCCGGCUUGGAUACCAAGAAGGUCGAAGGUUCCCCUACUGUCCGGUUCGCGUCCGUAGACCAGGAAAUUGAACCCCAAAACGUCGAAACUCUCGACUCCAACCAACGUGCUCAAUUUAUAUCCGGCAACGACCAAGAGCAGUUCAAGGAGCUAUCGAAAACACUACAAUCCACACAUCUGCAAAAACACCGCAUGGGCCACUACGAUUUUGAACCUGUGUCUCUUCCAGUCUCAAGGGUUGUGUCAAACGAUGACAGUUCUCGCGAGGCAAGUCGACAAAGCACAUAUACCUCAUCAGUACGCCCCUCACCCCACGAAAGUCGGCCAACUUCGAUGCACUCACCACCUAUCACCCCGGCGGCAACUAGAUCGCGAGAUGCUGUAGAAGCAACUGUAAAGGAGGGCGCGCCUCUUCAAAAAGUGAAAUCCAACGAAGAUCCCACUGUUGUAACCCCGCAACUAUCACCUCCCGGAACCUCCGGAACCUCCCCCUCUACAUCGAACGUUGAUGAUUCGAGACCUGGGUCAUCUGGUACUGGUAGUCAACCAACCACAGCGGAUGCCGCUCCUGCCCCAAAACACCACAGCACUUUCUCCAUUGGACCCAGCACCACCGCAUCUGCUCCAAUUUCGCGAGAAUCGAGUCCAAGCCGAGCUUCCACACAUACUUAUAGUAGACCCUUUACACCCGCGGGAGAUCCAAAUGAUCCCUAUGCUUCGUCAAAACGACAACCUCAGUCGAGAAAUCUGGAUGCAAUCGAUUCCAGGUUCAAAUUUACUGCCUUGAAUUCGAAGCACCGAGCAAAGGCAAGCUCUUCUUCGGUGUCCCUUCCUCGAUCUUCACGAAGCCAAGUUGAUAUGAAGGGUGGAGACAAGAGACACUCUCAACUUCUUGGGGGAGUGAAGGAUCAUCUUUCCCAUGUACACGACGAAAGCUCAGCGACAAUAGCAGGAAAGCAAGGGUCGAUGUCAGAGCUCAAGCGAUUCCUAAAAAUUGGGAGUCACAGUAAAUCAAAACGGAACGCUUCACCAAGUACAUCAACCAGAUCAGGGACUAAGACCCCACCUCAUCAUAGAAUACCUCAGCAGUUACCGUUUGACGACAAUCAUGGAUUGACCUCGAAGUACGGAAAGUUCGGAAAGGUUUUGGGAGCGGGAGCGGGAGGUUCGGUUCGAUUGAUGAAGAGGAGUAGUGAUGGAACCACUUUUGCUGUGAAGGAGUUCAGAGCCAAACAUUCGUAUGAAUCCGAAAAAGAAUAUGCCAAGAAAGUUACCGCGGAGUUUUGCGUGGGUUCGACAUUACAUCAUGGCAACAUUAUUGAAACUCUGGAUAUCAUACAUGAAAAGGGAAAAUGGUAUGAAGUCAUGGAAUACGCACCAUUCGAUCUUUUCGCCAUAGUCAUGACUGGGAAGAUGUCAAAGGCUGAGGUCAGCUGCUCAUUCUUGCAGAUCUUGAGUGGUGUCUCGUACUUGCACAGUAUGGGUCUGGCGCAUCGAGAUCUAAAGCUCGAUAACGUGGUAGUGAACGAGCACGGGAUUAUGAAGAUUAUCGAUUUUGGAAGUGCGAGCGUUUUCAAGUAUCCAUUUGAAAGCAAUAUCACGCUAUCUUCUGGUAUUGUUGGGUCAGAUCCAUAUCUCGCACCUGAAGUGUACGACGAGAGAAAAUAUGAUCCCCAGCCUGCAGAUAUCUGGUCCCUUGCCAUCAUCUUCUGUUGCAUGUCUCUUCGCCGCUUUCCCUGGAAAAUGCCUCGCCUGACAGACAAUUCCUACAAACUCUUCGCCUCUGUUCCAACCCCCGGAACAGAUAUGCGCAGACUAUCCGAUACCCCAGCACCUUCUAAACCAACUAAGGAUCUCGAAACUUCCGCAAAAGACACUAACCCCGCCUCCACUCCAUCUACCAAAGCAAACGGCAACGGCAACGGCGCCGCACCCGCAAUAGUAGAGAAGAAGCCAGAAGUCAUCAAAGGCCCGUGGCGGCUCUUGCGCUUGUUGCCGAGAGAAAGCAGACACAUAAUAUCUCGCAUGCUGGAAAUCGAUCCCAGAAAGCGCACCCCUCUUGAAGAAGUCCUCGCCGACCCAUGGGUCUCGGGCACAGUCAUCUGUAGGCAAGAAGAAGGAGGUACGGUUUUCAAAGCGGAAGGCCAUACGCAUACACUUGAACCGCCUUCUGCUCCUACAGCGCCGACUAAAUAG